CCUCCCGGAAGUGGGCUCCAGGUCGGGCAGUGAAAGUGGCAGCCGGUGUCCGCCGAGAGCGGAUCUGGGGUGGUCGCACCACAACUAUUUCUUUACGUUUCCUCUGGAUCCUUCCUGAAUCUCCCAGGUCUAGGCAGUGAGGAGACGUCUCCACCGCCAUGGGGGGCGGAGACCUGAAUCUGAAGAAGAGCUGGCACCCACAGACCCUCCGCAAUGUGGAGAAAGUGUGGAAGGCUGAGCAGAAGCAUGAGGCUGAGCGGAAGAAGAUCGAGGAGCUUCAGCGGGAGCUGCGGGAGGAGAGGGCCCGGGAAGAGAUGCAGCGCUAUGCUGAGGACGUUGGGGCUGUCAAGAAAAAAGAAGAAAAAUUGGACUGGAUGUACCAGGGUCCUGGUGGGAUGGUGAACCGUGAUGAGUACUUGCUGGGGCGCCCCAUUGACAAAUACGUUUUCGAAAAGAUGGAAGAGAAGGAGACAGGCUGUUCUUCUGAGACAGGACUCCUCCCAGGCUCUAUCUUUGCCCCGUCGGGUGCCAAUUCCCUUCUUGACAUGGCUAGCAAAAUCCGGGAGGACCCGCUCUUCAUCAUCAGGAAGAAGGAGGAGGAGAAAAAAAGAGAAGUAUUGAAUAAUCCUGUGAAAAUGAAGAAAAUCAAAGAAUUGUUGCAAAUGAGUCUGGAAAAAAAGGAGAAGAAGAAAAAGAAGGAGAAGAAAAAGAAGCACAAGAAACAUAAGCACAGGAGCUCAAGUAGUGAUCAUGGCAGCAGUGAGGACGAGCGCAGCCGGGGGAGAUCUCAAAAGAAGAUGGCCAAUUCUUCCUCUGUUUUGUCCAAAGUUCCUGGAUAUGGCUUACAGAUCAGGGGCUCCGACCAUAGCCAAGGACUGCAGGGUCCUCUGAUGGCUGAGCCAAAGGGAGUACAUGGGUGGAAACAUCACUCCAGGUCCAGAAGCUCCUCCCACUCACCUCCCAGACAUGCCAGCAGGAAGAGCACCAGAGAAGCAGGGUCCCGAGACAGGCGGUCUCGAUCCCCAGGCAGAAGGUCACGGUCCCCAAGACCAAGCAAACCGCAUAACUCUAAGAUAAACAGGAAAGAGAGAGGCCGAACUAAGAGCCCGUCUCCUAAAAAAGAAGUCUACCAAAGGCGGCAUGCGCCUGGAUAUACCAGAAAGCUCUCCUCAGAGGAACUAGAGCGAAAACGGCAAGAGAUGAUGGAAAACGCCAAGUGGCGGGAGGAAGAGAGACUGAACCUCCUCAAGAGGCACGCUAAGGAUGACGAACGCGAGCAGCGGCUGGAGAAGCUGGACUCCCGGGAUGGGAAGUUUAUCCACCGCAUGAAGCUAGAAAGCGCGAGUACUUCCUCCCUAGAGGAUCGGGUGAAGCGGAAUAUCUACUCUCUACAGAGAACCUCAGUAGCUCUGGAGAAGAACUUUAUGAAAAGAUGAAAACCAUGUCCUCUCUUGCUGGCUUUCCUGAAUUUUCCAGGGAAACUGCUGAUCCCCUUAAAAAUUCUCUUUAUAAGAGUUCAAGUGACUUCUUCCACAGAUGUCAAACCACCACUGUUCAAAGUGACUCUCCUACAUCGAUUCCACAAACAGCUACUUCCUUUGAGAACCAGUGUGACUUACUUUAUGGGACUCUCAGUAACUUUUGCCGGGUGCAGUGUGUUUUAACUGUUUUCAGUGGGUGGACACUGGACCAUCUAGAUGUGAGCCCUCCUCCUGCUCUGGAAGGCCACUUCCUGUGGUCGUGAUUCUUAUCAUGCCGCUUCCCUCCCACCUGUGUGAACAGACCUAGCCUACCACUUCAGUAUAGACCAGAUCUUUUAGAAACCUCCAUCUCCAGAGUCAGUCACCCAGAUAGAUUGUGCUUACUGGGGUAAAUGAACAUUUACUCCAUUUAGUAGAUAUGUGACAGAAUGAUGUCAGGUUAGGGCAGAGCCAAGGGAAUGACAAAGAAUCUGAAAGGGAAAACAAUAUUAAAAAAUCCAUAAAUGAACUGUUGUACCAUUGGAGUAUCUUUAAAACUGUAAAAGUAUAUAGUGUGCAUAUGUAUAAAUGUAUAAUUUUUACAUGCUUUUAAAAAAAGUUAGCUU